CACAUUUCAAAUUACUGAAGGAAGAAGAAUACAGCUGCUGUAGCUCCUAUAUGCAUUUUGCAUUAAUAUUUUCCGCACGUUUUCAAAGCAAUCAAAACGUGUUGCUUAAUUGGAUUAGCCCACCUGAGAGCCCCGGCGGGAGGGAACAGAUUGAGAUCCUCUCCGCUCCAGCAGCAUCAGUGGACCAUGGACAGUGAGGGCAGAAAGGUUGUCGUCUGUGACAAUGGCACAGGGUUUGUCAAGUGUGGCUUCGCUGGCUCCAACUUCCCAGAGCAUAUCUUCCCUGCCUUGGUGGGUCGGCCCAUCAUCCGGUCAAACACCAAAGUUGGAAACAUCGAGAUUAAGGACCUGAUGGUGGGUGACGAGGCCAGUGAGUGUCGCUCCAUGCUGGAGGUGUCCUACCCCAUGGACAACGGAAUGGUGCGCUCCUGGGAAGACAUGCUUCACCUGUGGGACUACACCUUCGGCCCCGAGCGCCUGGACAUCAGCCCCCCAGACUGCAAGGUGCUUCUGACGGAACCGCCCAUGAACCCCACUAAGAACCGUGAGAAGAUCGCGGAGGUUAUGUUUGAGACCUACCAGUUCCACGGCAUCUACGUUGCCAUCCAGGCUGUGCUCACUCUCUAUGCCCAGGGUUUGUUGACAGGCGUGGUUGUGGAUUCGGGGGACGGUGUGACCCAUAUAUGUCCUGUGUACGAGGGCUACUCUCUACCCCACCUCACACGCAGGCUGGACAUCGCUGGACGUGACAUCACGCGCUACCUCAUUAAGUUGCUGUUGCUGCGUGGCUAUGCCUUUAACCACUCGGCUGACUUUGAGACGGUCCGCAUGCUGAAGGAGAAGCUGUGCUACGUGGGAUACAACAUCGAGCAGGAGCAGAGACUGGCUAUAGAGACCACCGUGCUGGUGGAGUCAUACAUGCUGCCUGACGGUCGUCAGGUGAUGGUGGGAGGGGAGCGGUUCGGAGCACCGGAGGCCCUCUUCCAGCCCCACCUCAUCAACGUAGAGGGUGCAGGCGUGGCUGAGCUGCUGUUCAACACCAUCCAGGCUGCUGACAUAGAUCUCAGGUCUGACUUGUACAAGCACAUUGUUCUGUCAGGAGGCACCACUAUGUACCCCGGCCUUCCCUCCAGACUGGAGAGGGAGAUCAAACAGCUGUACCUGGAGAAGGUGCUGCAGGGGGACACUGAGAAACUUUCUAAGUUUAAGAUCCGCAUUGAGGACCCCCCAAGCCGUAAACAUAUGGUGUUUAUGGGUGGAGCGGUGCUGGCCAACAUCAUGAAGGACAAGGAGUCCUUCUGGCUGAGCCGGGCUGACUACCUAGAGAAAGGUCUGAGGGUUCUGGACAAACUGGGGUGUGGCGUGAAGUAGAGGUGAAAUCGAGGUGGUUAGCUAGGGACACACACACACACACAAACACACACACACGGACGGACGGAUGGACGGAAGAAAGAAAGAUCUGAGGUACAGCAGUAGACAGAAGUCUGGGAGUCCUGGGUUGUAUUCACUAGGCUCCAAAAAUCGAUGUGCUAAAAACAACCCAAUUUGGGUUAUUUGGUAACUCAGCGCUGAUUAAAUAGUGGACAGAACACGUAGGACUAUUUUGACCAACAAGUUGGAUUGUUGGAAUUACCCAAACAUGGGUUCAUUUGACCUUCAGUUGGGUAUUUUUACUCUCAUGCUGGGUUGACCUAGCAGCUGGGUCUUUUUUAAUAUAACCCUUAGGUUCUGUUCAGGAGGCGUGACUUAUUAGGGUUGUGUCUUUCAGCAAGAUCUUAUUGGUCACCCAUGAGAUUAAAUGUCAUUACUGUUCAUUACAGUAUGUUAAAUAUGUUGUAAGAGAAUAAUAUUUUCAUAUUCGUCACUGUCAACUUUCCAAGUUGUUUCGUACUGUCAAGUUAACAUAUUGUAUUGCAUACAAUACAACAAUUAUACAGUACAAUACACUUGUAAGGUUUCAUAUUUUUACCAUUUGAAUUCUCACUGUGUCUAAUGGAAUCAUUUUGAAGUAGCCAUUGUUUCAAAUGCAUAUGCAAAUAAAUAUAACUGACGUUAGCCUAAAUGCCAAAUUGAACAAAGUGAAUGUCAUUGUUUUUGAUGACUGACUAGCAGUGGUGUAAAGUACUUAAAUAAAAAUACUUUCAAUUACUA